GCCAAAUCCGGCAAGGGCAAUAGAGCGAUCUUUGAGUAGUUUUACGAUCGACUCUCAAACGUCUACAGCCACCGUCACCCGGUCUCUGAGCCCCGACACUCACUCAAAACUUGUGGCAUACUACUCUCCGCCGAGCACAAUGUCUCCUGCGACGCCCACUGCCGACGACAUCGAGGAGCUGCUCCUGUCGUGCCGCUACGGCGACCUCGAGGACGUCCAGCAGUUCGCCGACCGCUUCGGCCGCGACCCGCUCAACGACGCCCGCGACGGGCGCGGAAACACCGUCCUGCAUAUGGCGGCGGGCAACGGACACACAGAAACGCUAGAGUUCCUCCUCCGUCACGUCUCGCCCGCACUCUUGUCCGCGCAGAACGACGCGCGGUCGACGGCGCUGCAUUGGGCAGCGCUGAAUGCCCACCUCCCUGUCGCCCAGGCCCUCGUCAAGUCCCCCGAGGGACCGGGCGUGGAUCUCAUUGAUGUCAAGAACGACGCGGGCCGGACGCCCCUCGGGGAGGCCGAGAAUGUCGGAUGGGAGGAGGGCGCGAAGUGGUUUGUGGAGGUGAUGAACCUCGACGAGAACACGAAGGACGAGGAGAUGCAGGUCGCGGAGGACGCCGACAAGAUUGAGGUCGAAAUCCAGGAUGCCGAGGGCCAGGUCGCAAAAAUGACCAUCGGACAACGAGCUGCCGAUGCUACUCCCCCAAACCCUCCGAGUGCGACAUAGCCCUGUGCCUGAGACAGAUCUAUAACAAAAUCCUCGGCCAAGACGUGGUGUAACACCGAACAUCGCUAUCCAAAUCGUUUGGUGAUUAUAUGUCUCUCCGUCCAAUGUACCGAUGGUAGACGCAUGAUGCAAGCUGUAUCGGUGUGGUGAUUCUGUAGCACUUAGCUGUAAAAGUACGAUUUCGUGAAACGACAGAUAGGAACAUAUGUCGUAUCUCAACAAGAUGUCUACAAUCACACCUUGAUUUGACAUGUUC